GAUCUUCAGGGAAGGAGGUGACUUGUGCCGGACCCCUGCGCUCGUUUAUUCCUCGUCUGCGUUUAGUAUUUCAUCUCUAUUAAUAGCGCGGCCCCCCGUCCGCCGCUGGGACUGCACACGCGGCUCCUCAGCAGGACUCAAAUAUCAAGUUGGACUCCAGAAUGGAGGAGUCGCUCUGACAGAAGAAGCGUGCUGCAGGUUUUUGAAGGGUGGAAAAAAAAAGCCUCCGCUCCUCCUCCUUCCUGCUAGUGUGCCCUUCCUCUGGAGGAAAAGGGGCAGACGCUGCGCUCUGUGGCGACGGUGCAUCACCGGCGCUCACGGCGGACUCCGAAAAAAUCUUUGCAGACGGCUCCGCGACCACAUCCUGAAGCUUCCUGGAGUUUGAGGCAAACAUGUCGCCGUUUCUACGGAUUGGCUUCUCCAACUUUGAGAUCGAUCCAGGUUUGGCCUACUAUGAGGAGGUGCUGAACCCGUACUGCGCCGUCUACAUGAAGGAGGCCAUCGAAACCGAGAAAGGUCAGAUCUACAAGCAGAAGAAGCCGACCAUGUACCCGCCGUGGAGCACCACGUUCGAUGCCCACGUGCACCGCGGACGCAUCAUGCACGUGAUGGUGAAGGACCGGACGGCGGAGCUGAAGUCGGAGGCCACCGUGCCGCUGGAUUCGCUGGCAACGCGAUGCAAGAAGGAAAACGGGAAGCUGGAGAUCUGGCUGGAGAUGAAGCCUCAGGGCCGUCUGCUGAUGGAGGCUCGAUAUUUUCUGGAGAAAAGCGACGCCGUGGGUCAGACCGCGCCCAACCAGGUGGCCGAGCAGGAAAGUCUGUUCACCCUCCAUCAGCGGCGCGGCGCCUUCAAACAGGCCAAAGUUCACGUGGUCAAGUGCCACGAGUUCAGCGCCACCUUCUUCCCUCAGCCCACCUUCUGCUCCGUCUGCAAAGAGUUCGUCUGGGGCCUCAACAAGCAGGGCUACCAGUGCAGACAGUGCAACGCGGCGAUCCACAAGAAAUGCAUCGACAAGGUCAUCGCCAAGUGCACGGGCUCAGCCGUGAACAGCAAGGAGACGAUGAUCCACAAGGAGCGCUUCAAGAUCGACAUGCCGCACAGGUUCAAGGUGUACAACUACAAGAGCCCCACCUUCUGUGAGCACUGCGGCACGCUGCUGUGGGGGCUCGCCAAGCAGGGCCUGAAAUGUGAGGAGUGCAGCAUGAACGUCCACCACAAAUGCCAGAAGAAAGUCGCCAACCUGUGUGGCGUCAACCAGAAGCUGAUGGCGGAAGCUCUGGCCGUCAUCGAGAUCAAGCAGCAGGCGAAGACUGGCAGAGAGAGUGAAGUCUACGUUCGAGAAGGCCCGGUCGGUAUCGGCCAGCCGGGCGUGGUCCGAGCUCCGUCCGGGUUGGUUAUGGGUUUACCGGCCUCGGCAAUGCCUGCGACCAAAGAUGUGCAGGGCGUGGCGUGGGAAGGACCGGUCUCUGAGGCGGAGACGGAAGAGCCGCUGUACGCGGUUCCCAAGAAGGACCAUCAGCUCAAAUUCGCCAUCGAGGACUUCGUCCUCCACAAGAUGCUCGGCAAAGGCAGCUUCGGAAAGGUGUUUCUGGCUGAGCUGAAGCGGAGCGGACAGUUCUUUGCGAUCAAAGCUCUGAAGAAAGACGUGGUCCUGAUGGACGACGACGUGGAGUGCACCAUGGUGGAGAGGAGGGUGCUGUCUCUGGCCUGGGAGAAUCCUUUCCUCACGCAUCUUUACUGCACCUUCCAGACGAAGGAAAACCUCUUCUUUGUCAUGGAGUAUCUGAAUGGAGGAGAUCUGAUGUUCCACAUCCAGAGCUGCCACAAGUUUGAUCUGCACAGAGCCACCUUCUACGCCGCAGAGAUCAUCUGUGGGCUGCAGUUCCUGCACGCCAAAGGCAUCGUUUACAGGGAUCUGAAGCUGGACAACGUGCUGCUGGACUCGGACGGCCACAUCAAGAUCGCAGACUUCGGGAUGUGCAAGGAGAACGUGCUGGACGCCUCUCGGACCUCCACCUUCUGCGGGACGCCAGACUACAUCGCGCCAGAAAUCCUGCUGGGUCAGAGGUACAACAGCUCCGUGGACUGGUGGUCGUUCGGGGUGCUGCUGUACGAGAUGCUGAUCGGUCAGUCGCCGUUCCACGGCCGCGAUGAGGAGGAGCUGUUUCAGUCCAUACGAACAGACACGCCCAUUUACCCCACCUGGCUCACCAAGGCUUCCAAAGACCUUCUGGUCAAGCUGUUUGUGAGAGAACCAGAGGAGCGGCUCGGCAUGAAGGGGAACAUCCGGCAGCACAGCUUCUUCAGCGCCACAGACUGGGACGCCCUGGAGCAGCGCAAGGUGGCGCCGCCCUUCAGACCGACUCUGACGUCGCCCAGCGACUGCAGCAACUUCGACAAAGAGUUCAUCAACGAGAAGCCGCGGCUUUCCUGCGCCGACCGCACGCUCAUCAACAGCGUGGACCAGACCAUGUUCAGGAACUUCUCCUUCGUCAACCCCGGCAUGACCCGCAUGGCGGCGCGCUGAGCGCCAACAGACUCUGAACCUCAAACCCGGACGGACUCCAACGCAGAACGGAGGAGGAGCGUCUGACCCGACAAACCCGUAAAGACUGUACAUAGGUGUAUCUCUGUGGCUGUGGUGUAGUGACCUGUGAAAACCGUUUACACUCAUUUCAUCCCAACAAUAAAAAACGUCACUCGA